CGGAGAGACGGUGUGUUUAACAGAGACUGAAGCACACGGAGAAACAGUGUGUUUAACAGGAAGUGGUGAUUUAGUAAACAUGAGUGUUGUGCUGCUCUCGUUGGUGAAGCAGCGACUCACUGCGGCUGCUGAAGACAUCUUUGUUCUGUUUGAAAGAACGAUAGCAGAGUACGAGGAGGAACUGUCUCGCUCAAAACAGGAGAACGAGAGACGCCGGAAACUACUGGACGCUGUUUUACAGCCUCAGCUUCAGAUCCACAGAGCAGACGUCCAGCAGCUGGUGGUGGUUAAAGAAGAGGUUCCCCCUGAGCAGCAGGAGUGGAGCUCCAGUCUGGACCAGGAGGACCCAGAGCCCCCCCCACACAUUAAAGAGGAACAGGAGGAACUCUGGAGCAGUCAGGAGGGAGAGCAGCUUCAAGGGCUGGAGGAGGCUGAUAUCACCAAGUCCACAUUCACUUCUGUCCCUGUGAAGAGUGAAGAUGAUGAAGAGAAACCUCAGUCCUCUCAGCUUCAUCAAAGACAAACUGAACACCUGGAAACAGAAGCUGAUGGAGAGGACUGUGGAGGACCAGAACCAGCCAGGAACUCAGAUCCAGAGAGACAUUUACAACCAGAGACUGAGGACAACCCUGGAGACUCUUCUGAAGACACUGAAGACAGUUUAGAUUGGAAGGAGACCAGAGAACCAGGUUCAAACUCUCAGAGAAAUAAACAAGACCCUGUCAGUGAAUCAAGACGUAGUGCAGGAGAGAAAGCAUUCAGCUGCUCAGUCUGUGAGAAAGCUUUUACACAUAGAAGAAGUUUAAAGGAACACUUGAUAAUCCACACAGGAGAGAAACCAUUCAGCUGCUCAGUCUGUGAGAAAGCUUUUACACAUAGAAGAAGUUUAAAGGAACACAUGAUAAUCCACACAGGAGAGAAACCAUACAGCUGCUCAUUUUGUAAGAAAUAUUUUACCCAGAGAGGAAAUUUAAAGGGCCACAUGAGAAUCCACACAGGAGAGAAACCAUUCAUCUGCUCAGUCUGUAAGAAAUAUUUUACCCAGAGAGGAAAUUUAAAGGACCACAUGAGAAUACACACAGGAGAGAAACCAUUCAGCUGUUCAGUCUGUGAUCAAGCUUUUGCCCUGAAAUCACCUUUAACACGACAUAUGAGAAACCACACAGAAGAGAAACCAUUCAGCUGCUCAGUCUGUAAGAAAUCUUUUAAACACAGUGGAACUUUAAAGGACCACUUGAGAAACCACACAGGAGAGAAACCAUUCAUCUGCUCAAUUUGUAAGAAAUCUUUUGCAUUGAGAGGAAGUUUAAAGGACCACAUGAGAAUCCACACAGGAGUGAAACCAUUCAGCUGCAGUGUUUGUAACAAAAAGUUCAACCGGAGUGAAAAGGUCAAAAGACACAAGUGUGUUGGUCGUCAGUCCUCACAGCUUCAUCAAACUGAGGAGAACAGAGAGGCAGAGCCUCCAGCCAGCAGCUCAGCUGAACACAUGGAAACAGAAGCUGAUGGAGAGGACUGUGGAGGACCAGAACCAGCCAGGAACUCAGAUCCAGAGAGACAUUUACAACCAGAGACUGAGGACAACAAGGAUGACAUUUUCUGUUCAUGUUCAGACGUCCAGCAGCUGGUGGUGGUUAAAGAAGAGGUUGCCCCUGAGCAGCAGGAGUGGAGCUCUAGUCUGGACCAGGAGGACCCAGAGCCCCCCCCACACAUUAAAGAGGAACAGGUGGAACUCUGGAGCAGUCAGGAGGGAGAGCAGCUUCAAGGGCUGGAGGAGGCUGAUAUCACCAAGUCCACAUUCACUCCUGUCCCUGUGAAGAGUGAAGAUGAUGAAGAGAAACCUCAGUCCUCUCAGCUUCAUCAAAGACAAACUGAACACCUGGAAACAGAAGCUGAUGGAGAGGACUGUGGAGGACCAGAACCAGCCAGGAACUCAGAUCCAGAGAGACAUUUACAACCAGAGACUGAGGACAACCCUGGAGACUCUUCUGAACCUGACACUGAAGACAGGGCUGAUUGUUAGGUUUAAACUCUUUUGGUAAGUCCUAGUAAGUCGUAUAUAAAGCGAUAACUUGACUGUUUGUGAUGAAAAAUGUUUGGUCCAAGUAAAGAGAGGACUGUGGAGGACCAGAACCGGCAACAUUUACAACCAGAGACUGAGGAGGUUUCCAUAUUGGGUCAUAUAAUUAAAACGAACAUUAAUAUAAUCCACAAUGUAAAAUGCAUGAUAUAUCACGAAGCUCUAUACUUAUAUACUAAAUGUACACGGUUUGGUAAACUGACAUGAAAGAGUGUAAGGUCUGAUAUAGUUUAUCACUAAAGGUGUCACUAUUCAGCAGAGGGAAGACACCCUUACUCACAGCAGGAGGCCCCUGACUCAAUGGAAUAUUACUGUAAGCUUUAGUUUAGCCUUUGAGGCAAGUCUGGACAUGUCCAGGAAGCAAUGACUCUUCUCCACAUACAUGGGUCUGUUGGUGUGUAUUCACUUCUGCUUCUGCUGGUAUGAUAUAAAAGCAGCAGCUGAGAGAGGGAAACAGGUCUUAGGGUUCUUAACUGGGAAUUUCUCCCUAGGUCGUAUUACCCGCUGUCAUCGUGAGGAAAUACCUCUGGAGAUAUGCAGGGAGUUUUAACAAAAAGGAAAAAAAGUAAACCGGUAAAUUCAUAAUUAAUACCAGAGAGUAAGACAUUGUAUAACUGUCCCAUUGUAACCAGAUAAAGUAAAAAACGGUGUUAGAGUGUGGACCAUUUCUUCAAAUAAAACCAUCCCACCCAUUUGGACUGGGGUAACCUAAA